AAUUGAGCCUACUUGAUAGGAGUAUCAUUAAAUGGAAGACUAAAACAAUUAAUAGAAUAAUUAGAUUAGGUUUCUAGGAAGUAGCUACAAUUAAAUUUAAUAUAUGGCUUAAUUUGAUAUUCCAAAAAGUAAAUUCUUUAAAAUGGAACAUUUAGAAAUAUUUUAAUUUAAGUUAUUUUAAGAACCCAAAAAGUUUUUUAAAAUUUAAUAAAAUUUGAAUGUGCAUUCAAGCAUAAUUUUAGUUUGAAG